CAACUCUUGAGUUCGAUGAUCGGACGAUCCAGUACGAUUGACUUUAACAAGGCUUGCUCUUUGAGAGAUAGGCUCAUUGACUUGAAUGCGUAUGAUGUCACCCUACAAUUUCCAAUAAAAGAAUAGAUUUCACCAGCCUCAUUGCUUAUAAAUAAUUUCAAUUUGGCAUAUAUAUAUUGUAUUGACGCAGCAGUAUGUCGGAUUAUAUUUAAUUCCACUAGGCAUAAUUCGACCGAUGUUCAUUGUACAUAGUACAGAAGGGGACGAAAUUAUUAUAAGAGCACAGAUCAAGAAGGAAGCUAGCUAGAGGUCAUCUGAAAGACAAGUUCCUCCCUCUGUGCUUGUGUGAGAGAGUGAGAGAUGAUCAUGCAGGUCGCUGGUCAACCUCAACCUGAGGCCGUGCUUCAACAUUUUAGCCACCCACAUCCCUUGAUCCUUUCCAAUCUUCAUCACCCACAUCCCCAGCAAAUCUCAAACGGGCAGUGGCUAGCUACCUCUUGUUCAGCCUGCAAACUGGAUGCCUCUGCCGGAUGGAUUUACAGUUGCACGCCAUGCAAUUACUUGCUCCAUGUCUCAUGUUCACAAAUGCCUCAGCAAAUUACGCAUCCAUGUGAUGAGAAUAAACAUGUCCUGACUCUGCUCCCAACCCCAAUAUACUCUGAUGGGGUCUUCAAUUGCUGUGCAUGCAAUAAGCACGGAAAUGGAUUUUCCUACCACUGCGGAGAUUGCAAGAUUGAUCUCCACACAACUUGUGCUUCAAAGCCGUUGGUUCAUACUCACCACUCCCACCCUCACCAACUCGUUCUCUCCUUCUCACUUCCUCCAGGGCCUACCAGCAGCAAGACCUUCAUCUGUCAUAUAUGCAACCAAGUUGGGUACAAAGAGUGGCUCUACUUAUGCCAUCCUUGCGGUUUUGUGGCUCAUUUGGCCUGCACCACCGCCGAACCAAUUCAACUAAAUCAAGCAGCACAACUGUCAUCGCCAGUUGUCGUUGGCAGUCCGUAUAAUUAUCAGACAAAUGCUGCUUCAGGUAGUCCUCACGAUCUCCAGGUCCAAAACUAUGGACCACAACCAAAUAUUAUUAGUAGUAAUAAUAAUGGAAUGCAGAGCAGUGUAGUAUAUGGAGGACAAGCCGCUAAUACUGUACAACCUUUGAAUAGAGGGAGAAGUGUUAAGAAGCUGGGAAAGGCUAUUGUAAACACAGCACUUACAGCUCUUAUCGGUUUUCCUGUUUUUGGAGCUGCUGGUAAUUCUCAACCGCAACAACAAAAAGUCCAGAAGCAGCAACAACAGCAAUUCCAGCAACCGCAACAACAACAACCGCAACCAUUCCAGCAACAAUCGCAACCAUUCCAGCAACAACUGCAACCAUUCCAGCAACCGCAACUGCAACAAUUCCAGCAACAACAACCGCAACCUUUCCAACAACAACCGCAACAAUUUCAG